CUCUACACAGCGCCUUCCCAAAAUCCAAAUCACCAAUUCCUAAAGAAAUUGAUAAAUUGCCAGGUAGUCUCCCUCUUGGCCCUCUCACGCCCAACGUUCCAAGCCGUGGCCGUCCCACCCAUCGCCGCAGCCCUCUCACGCCAAAUCCGCAAAGCAGUUAAAAAAAGAAGACAUUUUUAAAAAAUCGGGACUGGAUAGCCGGGUAACCGAUUGAAUUUUCGGAUCGGGGUAUCGGGCAGUUGUUUUUGAGAUUUUCGGGUUUGGGUACCCGAAAUCUUCGGAUCGGGUCCCUAAGUCUUAUAGUGUUCAGCUAUUCAGUAGUUUUGUCAUUUGACUAAUCGCUAUAGGGUACCCCUUCAUCUUCUCUCAUUUUCAGAGAAUAAUCUUCACGUGGAAAAUCAGGUUCGCACACUCCCAAUCCUCUUCUCCUCCACCUCUUCACACCUCUGCUAAUUACCCACAUUUUUUUUUCUCAAGACCUUUUAUGUCUCCUCACUGCUUAACCUCUUGAAUUUGUAUCAUGUCUGACGAGUCUGAAUUUCGUUUCGGGUGCUAAUCUGAAACAUCUAGCAAAUCGAGCCUUUUCUAUGGUGUCCAUAAGCCCGAAGAGGACGUAUUGAGCACUUGUAUGGUACCUUGCAAAUGGCAGAAUAUGCAGCCAUUCCACCCGGACCACCCCAUGUCAAGCUGCAAGUUCGUGGCACUCUCUUAGAAGAGUGGUCUUGUCUGCCAAAAGUUCCCUAUCACCCCGCAAAAAGGGGCUUUCCUAGUGGAAGUAAAAAAGUUAGUACGCUGUCUUCCUGCAGAAUCAUUGCACCUCAAAAAAUAAUCCUCAAUGGAAGUCCAAGUCGGAAGACUACCAGGUGCUAUUGCUCGAAUGCCCUAGCCAACAUUGGUGCUGUAGCUGCAGCUGCAACUACUUCAGACUGGGUCCCGUUCAUUGAUCAAGUCCUCCUUUUGGCAAGUAUUAGCCUUACAUAUAUGGCUGGAGUAGUUCCUCAGGAGAAAUCUCCAUUUAAUACUCAAACAAGUGUGCCACCUUUUGACGUGGUCCCUGAAAACUCUUCCUCCUCGGGUAGUUCAGCGACAAAUGAUGAUGAGGUUUGGUUGCAGUUUGCCUGGGAUGUUGUAAGAGACAAGCUAAUGGAUUCAUUAUCAACUCUUAGUGAUGGGGUUAAUCCUAGUGAAAACAGUGGGAAACUUGAACUAAACCCUGCAACACAGCCUUCAAGCUUGUAUGCUGUUUCUGAAGGUCCUAGAAUAAGACUUCUCUGGAGAUCAUUUCAGUGGCUUAAAAAAGAGGUGACCAAUAUUUCUGUGAACGCUGCUGAAAGGUCUGGAAAUGACUUUUUGGCUGUCUUUGCUGAAACUGUUCAAAAUUGCUGCCGUCCUCUAUUCAUGGCAUGGCUUGAAGAGGAGAUUUGCCUCAUCUCGAGAAAACCUGACAAAGACCUUCUCUCUUUGGCCGAAAGUAAGCUGAAUAGAUAUGACAGCAUAUUUCAAAAUAUCAGAAAGUCAGGCAAGGAGGAUCUAUAUGCAGAAUUGGUAUAUGCCCUUAAAUUUGGUUCUUCCAGGAAAGGUGGCUACUAUAACUCUACCUUGUUCAUCCAACAUGGAGUAGCCAUAUUAGAAGAUUUGCUGAUCACAUUAGCAGAUGGAAUUGCAAGCAUGUACUUGGAGCUUAUAUCUGUGGAUAGUAGCUUGUCCAAUGAAAUGAACAAUCUUGGUUUGAGCUUGUGUAACCUCUCGACCAGAUCACUUCAGAGAUUACGCAAUGAGGUGGCAAUGCAUCAAUGGUUGCAUCAAAAUAUGGCCGCAGUGGCAUCUAUGUAUGAGGACCGAUUUGACCUUUGUAUACUUGAAAGUCAGCCUACUGAGUCCAGAGGCAGUGAGACUGAACUUUUUGGUUGGUUAAAGAAGAUUAGUUUUAUGAGAUCAGAUUCCGUAUCAUCAGCACUACGUUAUGUUAAUAUCAAUAGCAUAUCUGUACCUGUUAAAAGGACCAAGGAAUUGAGGGCAUUAGUUGGGUGGAGGUACUACUUCAGUCUAUUCCUUGAACUGUCUGACAUCAGCAUGCCGAUUGUCAAAAAGCUUGUUGCAAAAGUCAGUGAUGCUAUCUCGUUCGUCCUUGUCUGCUUGAUAGGAAGGUCACUGGGGCUAAUCUAUUCUGGAAUUCGGAACGCCUUACGACUGAAGUAAGGUACAAAUAAGCCAGGUUGUCUGUUAAGCUCAUAUGAUGUCCCUGAAUUCUUGAAAUUUUUUGAAGGCUCUUUGAAGUGAUAUUGACUUUAGAUAUGAUUCAAGACAAAAACUUCAACUCCUGCACUUUGAUUGUAUUUACAAUGGAACCUUCCUUUAUUUUUGAAGAACAUACUGUAGAAGAUUAUUUUGAAAAUCUGUUUAUUCCUGUAGUC